AUGGAAAAGAUCCAGAAAGUAUCUUUCUUAGUCCUCACCCUUCACCUAGCAUGGGUGAGUGGUCAGCAGAAGGGGAGAUCCGACCAGCAGCAGGUGAAACAAAGCCCCCAAUUUCUGUCAGUCUGGGAAGGAGAGACCUCAGUUCUGAACUGCACUUAUGAGAACAGCGCAUUUGACUACUUCCCAUGGUACCGGCAGUUCCCUGGUGAAGGCCUUGGAUUCUUGAUAACCAUAAAUUCAGUGUCGAACAAAAAGGAAGAUGGACGAUUCACAGUCUUCUUCAGUAAAAGUGAUAAACAGCUCUCCUUGCACAUCAGAGAUUCUCAGCCUGGAGACUCAGGCACCUACUUCUGUGCAGCAAGUGCACAUCAAGGUGGCAACAAGCUCAUCUUUGGGACCGGCACUCUCCUUUCUGUCAAGCCAAACAUCCAGGACCCCAAACCAGCUGUGUACCAGCUAAGAGAUGCUCAGGCCAAGAACAGCACCAUCUGCCUAUUCACCGACUUCGGUUCCCACGUCAACAAGUCAGAGGACGUGCCACCUGGUGUGUUUGUCUCCGACAACACCGUGCUGGACAUGCGGUCUAUGGAUUCCAAGAGCAACGGGGCCAUUGCCUGGAGUAACCACAGUAGUUUGAACUGUAAAGACGCCUUCAGACAGAAUGUCCCCUACCCCAGCUCAGAUGUUCCCUGUGAUGCCAGGUUGAUAGAGAAAAGCUUUGAAACAGAUAUGAACCUCAACUUUCAAAACCUGUCAGUGAUGGGACUCCGAAUCCUGCUCCUGAAAGUGGCCGGAUUUAACCUGCUCAUGACACUGCGGCUGUGGUCCAGUUGA